AUGGAUAUAGAGGACAGUGUAUCAUUAAGAGAUGCGGGGGCGGGCGAGGGCGCGAGGGUGCGCUCGCCCGCGCGCUCCCGGCGGCGCCGGGCCGGGGCUGGGCGCGCCCGGGACUGCGGAGGCCGUGGAGGAAGCUCCUGCUCCCCUUCCCCCGCCUCUUUUCCCCCCGCAUUACUGGAAGGACUGUGUGGGAGAGACCCAGAAGCACCCGGAUUUUCGAGCGCCAGGUGGGGGAGGGCGGGGCAGCCUCUACUGCUCAAACGAAAACCAAAAGUGCGUCUGUUCGCGCCGCUCCGACACGCGGUUGCUACUGGGAGGGCUCAGGGCGCUUUCGCCGCGCCUCCCUUUGCAGCCCCCAAGACUUGGCUAGGGCGGCCUGAGGCCCGCGUGGCGCGGGGAGGGGCUGAGAAGAGAGUGGGAAAGUGUCACGAUUUCUUCUGUGCCCCUCCCGUCCCUAUCCCCACCCCCAGUUUUCUGGGUUUUGCUGCUGCCGCUGGGGAAGGACUGAUUCGUUUUGCGUCAAAGGACUGCAUUUACUCAGUCCUGCUGGGAGAGGCGCGUAAACACCCAGGCAGGCCAGGACGCAGGGAUGGGGAGGAGGAAGAAAAAAGCAAAGCACCCACGGCUGGCGUGCGCGUCCGCCUGCCCCACACCCCUCUCCUGGGCCCGCGGAGUUGGGGACUCUGCCCAGCGGGCAGCAGCGGAGGUGCGAGGAGUCUGGCUGGCCUCGUCCCGUCGCGCACGCGCGCGCGUCCUUGGGGAUAGCGUUCAGGACAGAAUGUGUUUUAUAGCUGUAAACAAUGACCCCGAGUAUUGUUUGGGAUUACCGUAUCUUGGGGCCCUUGGGGCGGCCAGAUGCCGCCAGCCGUCCCGGAAAUGCCAGCGCUUUAUAUAGAGCCCCAGGAAAGCUUCGCGUUCCCGGCUCUAUUUUUCUUUCCUACCAACACCCCCACUUUACAGAUAAGGAAACUGAGGACAGAAAUUGUGUGACGGUGCACAGCGAGUUGCCCGCAAUGGACUCUCAAGAACACCUCUUAACUUUGGGGCCUCAUAAGGACCCUGUGGGGUACAGACGGCUGGUGCUACUUAAGAAUUGGGUAAACUGAGGCUAACAGACCCUGGGCCAGAACCUAAGUUCCCUGAAUUCCGCUACAGUACUUCUCCAUUCACACACCAUCAUCUCAGCAGAAGGACUGGAGCUCCAGAGCAGAGAAGGGCCUAAGGUCAUGGCUCCAAACUCCUUCCCUUUAUAGGAGGAAACUGAGGCCCAGAGAGGUUAAGGAAUUGGUCUAAGAUCUCACAGCUCGUAAAUAGCGUAGCCGGGCGUUCCUGCUCCAAGGUCUGUGCUCUGUACCCUGCGCCGCGCCCCUCCCAGCCCCGCCCAGUGAGGGAGGAGGACCCAAGUGUCCGGCUACCCGCGCCCUGAACUUCGCUCCAAAACAGCUGAAGACGACAACGUUGGGGCACACCCUCUCGCUGGCUACUUUUUUUUUUUUUUUUAAUUCGUAACAGUCGGGAGUUUGCUUAUGAACGCCCGAUUACUCUUAUUAGAUGCGUCCUAAUUGCUCGGCGUACAGGGCAGCCGGAAUGUCUUGCCCGGUUAAUUUCAUCUUCAAGGCUACUCCUAACGAAUUAACUGUAGGACCGAAAACAUGAAAAACAAAAAUCAAAAAGGGAAGCGGUAGGCAGCCCGCCACGGAGGGAAAAAUAGGCAGGCCAGCCCCGCCCGGCGCCGCGCCCCGCCAA